ACGGUUUGACAAGGACAGAAGAAAGCACAGAGCACGAUGGACGAGGAAGAGAUGCCAAUCACCAAGAUCUCGGUGUACACGCCACUGAUCUACGUGACGAUCAUGAUUGGAGCGCUUGUGGUGUUCUCCAUCAAGUACAGACAGAAGAAGCUGAAGGAGCUGACGUCGAGAAAGCCCUUCUUCGACAGGAACAUUGCGAAAGAGAUGUACUUCGAGCUGGUGAACGCUGACGAGAAGCCGAAUGAGCAGGUGCUGAAGGCUGCGCUGAUCAGAAGGGGAGCUGAGUGCAUCAAGAGAACGCUGAAGCUGAAGGAGUUCACACCUUUCAUGAACGUUUUAUAUCACAAGGGUUCUAUAAGCGAUGACCUAUGGGAGAGGUUCCAAACAGCGCAGAAGGUGGAGGAGAUUGAGAUCCAGGAGCUGGUGCAGGAGACUGAGAAGUAUAAGAAGGGCUGGGUCUCAAAGUUCUUGCCUCUGUUGCAGGAGGUUUGCCUCAACGAGGCCUUGGCUAAGAAGUACAACGGGCUGAAGGACAAGAAGGUUGACCUGCUACACGAAUGGGGAAUCAAGGUCAAUGACGAUGGCACAUACGUAUUCCCAAACCAAACUCCUCAUAAACAAACGGCUACAGUUAAAUAGAAUGGGUGAGACAUGCUGAAUGUAUACGUGUAUCGUCAAAACAGAUAUAUAUACACAUGGAGUAACUUUG